AUGACCUCCCCCACCGCUCAUCCUCCGACUCUCUUGACGCUUCCAACAGAGAUCUUCGAGAGCGUCCUGCCGUUCCUCAGCCAACACGAUCUCACUCAAUGCGUCCGUGUAUCUCAAGCAUGGAACAGAACCUUUGUAUCACACCUCUGGCGAACCAUCGACUUCCGUUCCAGCCACCGCCUCAAACGGUUCCUAACAAGCGAGACCCAGCAGGCACUAGUCAAGAACGCAAAGUUUGUUCGCAAACUUUCCAUCGUCCACAAGAAGUUGUACCAUCAGUUCCUCCCAUCUCGACAGACUCUCAUUGAGGAGCCUGGAGUAUCCCCAACUGACGUCUUUACGAUGGGUCUCUUCGCCAAUCUUCUCACUUUGGAGUUGCACUAUCUCAGACAUCCGGAAAACGAUCAUGACCAACGUAUCCAUGCACUCGUUCGGCAGAACCCGUCCCUUAGGCGUCUUAAGAUUGAUGUCACAAUGGAUACGACGGCUCUGAUGAGUCUCAUCACAAAGCAUGUGCCAAACCUGCGGGACCUGGAUCUCUCAGUCACUUGGCGCGGCGAUGUCAAGGCCCUGCUCGGGAAUCUUCCCGAAUGUAUCCGAACGGUACGGCUGAGAGAGGUCCAUCACACGGCGCCAGGCAACGCAGACAAGGCAUCCAGAGUUGAGUCAGGCGUCAGUUCGACAACGAUGAGGCACCAUCAUGCCCUCGAGUCAUUCUCUAUCGGAGGCAAUCUCGCAGGGCAGGAAGAGGAUGUUUUGUUCCCGUUCUUGAAGAGUUGCAGUCAAAAUCUAAAGUCGUUUAGCGGCAAAUAUUCGGCACGCUUCUUCCACAACGCGAGGAUCGGCAGUGCCCUAUCUGACUUGGGUAUUUUUUACACGGAGCUGAGUCGACACUACUUGCCGCCUAACGAGUCUGAUGCCAAUAUUGCCAGGGGUAUCUCUCUUAGCCGCAACUGCACCAGCAUCGAUCUGCACAUAUGUCAGGUGGGACCUUUGACAGCUGCCGCGAUUGCUGAUAACUGCGAGCGUUUGGAGGUACUCGAUGUCAUGGAGCACGGCACCAGUGGACUGAUGGGCUCUCAUUUGCAGGCAGUCCUGAGCAAGGCGACGAGACUGAGAACACUUCGAGCACAUUGGCUACUCGCCACCGACAAGAUCAGCGCCAUAGACAUUCUCUCGUCAGAGUGGGCUACUACAUCUCUGGAGCAUGUGGAUUUCAAGAUCGAUGUACCGCGAGUCGGCGACGAUACACUGUCCAACAACACCGAGGCCAUCCAAUCUUCCCGCGACACCCAACGACAAGUCCUCCGGCGCUUUGGUCAACAGACAAACCUCCGGAAGUUGAAGAUUGGAGGCAUGGCCUUCACAGCUGGUGUAUUUGGUCACCAGCACCACUGCCUCGAAAUGACUUUGGAGAGCGGUCUUGACGAGCUGGUGGGCCUUAAGGAUCUCGACUUGCUGGACAUUCAUCAUAUGGACCACCGUGUUGGCAUUCCCGAACUCGUGUGGAUGUACCAGAACUUGCCCAAACUCCGUUACUUGAUUGGUAUGAUGGACUCCUUCACACCCCCUUCCCCUGAGGUUCGACAGUGGCUCCAAAUUCAUCGCCCAGGGUGGAGGUGA